AGUUUGCAGUCUCCCCCCAGGAUGACUAGAGAGUGACGCAGGGCAGACGGAAAAAAACUGGGUCUGAGAAGGAAGCAGGACGGUGGAGAUGACUGGGAAGACUUUGGUUUGAUUUAUUUCACAGGAUUAAGGUCGAUGCACGAGCUGUCUGCACGCUCGGAGAACGCGAGAGCCACAUGCAUGCGGGGUUUCCUGUAACAGCUGAUCAGGAGCCAUCGCCUCAUCCCUGGCGGAUCGUUUUGGAUACAUUCCCAGGUGACGCUGAUUCUGCACAUGGGAAAGUAGCCAGACAUCCUUUUUAUUUCUUCACUGAACACAAGCAGGGUAUUUAGACACCCCCCUCUGUGAUUUCAUCCCAUCUCCAUCAUGAAUUACCUGCGUCGACGGCUUUCGGACAGUAAUUUCAUGUCCAACCUGCCCAAUGGAUACAUGACCGACCUCCAGCGGCCUGAGCCGCCGCAGCAAAGUCCCGCAGUGUCACCCGGCCCGGCGGAGCGUCGCCAGCCCCCCGGCGGCCCGCAGCAGCAGCAGCAGCCGCAGCAGCAGGCUGCCCCUGCAGCAGGCUCCGGUUUCUUCUCCUCCUUAUCCAACGCUGUCAAACAGACUACAGCUGCUGCAGCCGCAACCCUGUCUGAGGCCGCGGAUAGAGCAGGUGUGUCCAGCAACGCCAAGAUCCUCCUGGUCAUCGAUGACCAGCAGACCGACUGGGUGAAGGUUUUCAGAGGAAAAAAGGUCCAUGGUGAAUUUGACAUUAAAGUAGAGCAGGCAGAGUUCUCCGAAAUCAACCUGGUGGCCAACUCUACAGGCACCUACCAUGUGAACAUUGAUGCCAUAAGGAGUGGGCAUAAGGUCAACAAAUCCUUCAGGCCAGACUUUGUUCUGAUGAGACAGCACGCUUUCAGCAUGGACAAGAACGGAGACCAUCGGAACAUGGUGAUCGGACUUCAAUAUGCCGGGGUGCCGAGUGUUAACUCUCUGCAAUCGGUUUAUAACUUCUGUGACAAACCUUGGGUGUUUGCUCAGAUGUCUAGAGUCCACAAGCAGCUGGGAUCAGAGGAGUUCCCACUGAUCGAACAGGUUUACUAUCCAAACCACAAGGAAAUGAUUUCCUCCCCUCAGUUUCCUGUUGUUGUAAAAAUGGGCCAUGCUCACUCAGGAAUGGGAAAGGUGAAAGUGGACAAUCAAUAUGACUUCCAAGACAUUGCUAGCGUUGUGGCGCUGACCAAGACCUAUGCCACAUCUGAGCCAUUUAUUGAUGCCAAGUACGACGUCCGCAUCCAGAAGAUUGGUAACAAUUACAAGGCUUACAUGAGGACUUCUAUUUCUGGCAACUGGAAAACUAACACCGGCUCGUCCAUGCUGGAGCAGGUGGCAAUGUCAGACAAGUACAAACUGUGGGUGGAUGCAUGUGCAGACAUCUUUGGGGGGUUGGAUAUCUGUGCUGUGGAGGCGCUACAUGGUAAAGAUGGCAGAGACUACAUUAUAGAGGUUGAUGACUGUUCGAUGCCACUGAUUGGGGAUCAGCAGGAGGAGGAUCGUGUUCAGAUUGCAGAACUUGUGAUUUCUAAGAUGAACCAGACUGUUCCACGUACCUUGAGCUCCUCAACGGUCCGUGCCUCAGCAGGACAGCCAGCACAGAGAGCGGUUUCUCCUCAGCCAGUCUCACAGCCCAAAGUACCACAGGCCCAACAGCGUCCCUCUCCUCAGGGAGGUCCUCAGCAAAGCCCCCCAACUCAGCAGCGUCCACAGCCUCAAGGCCAACCUCCUUUACAGGCCCAGCAGUCCCCUGUCAGUCCUGGUAUGGGUGAACCCUCCUCGCAGGCUAAAGCUAGCCAAGGACCUUCAGCCCAAUCAAGACCUCCAGGUCAGGGUGCUCCACAGCGAGGCCAAGGAGGUUCCCCUCAAACUCAGAGGCAACAAUCUUUAUCACAACAGAAACCUUCUGCAGGGGGCCCAAGCCAGAAACCUUCAGGUGGGCAAGCGCAACAACAAAGACCUGCCCAGCUUUCUAAACAGCAGUCACAGGGAGGAUCACAGCAGCAGAAGGCACCAGGGCGUCCCGGAGCACCAACCACCCAGCAGCCCAGACCUUCUGCCCAAGGCCAGGGUGGUCCAGGAGAACGUCCCCCUCUCCACCAAAAGCCCCAGCCACCUCAGAAGCCCAGUCAGGAUAGUCCAGCUAUGAGCGGCUCUCCACAACUAAACAAAUCCCAGUCUCUUACCAAUACCUUCAACAUUCCAGAAACCCCAGCGCCACGAGCCAGCCUUAGCCAGGAUGAGGUGAAGGCUGAAACCAUUCGCAAUCUACGCAAAUCUUUUGCCAGUCUCUUCUCAGACUGAGAUGGCACAAGAUCCUCCCAUCCUCCCCCAUUUCCUCCUCCCGCAGAGAAAAACAUGGACAGGCAAACUGAAGGACCGACCCCUUCUUUACCCCCUCAACGAGCAAGGACCAACAGUUAAUGAGAUUGAUAAGAAAGUGUACACUCUUGACAUCCACUGCCCAAACCUAUCGGAGUAAACAAAUACAAUCAGGAUAGGAUGUUUGAAACAUUACUAGCCUCAAAGCCUAAAUGAAUCAUGCACUGAAACUCUUCAACAACACGUGUGCAUUCAACACCAAUACAUUAAAUUAGGAAAAAAUACUGCUCCCUCUUUGUUGGUGCUGUAAAUUCAUUGCGGAUUUUAUGGUAAAAAUGAAAGGACUGCACAAAAAGUAUUGAGACUGGGGGUUAAUGACCCGAUUUAAUGCUUUAGUUCGGGAAUUUCAAUGCAACAACAUGUUGUUGAUAUAACUAUCCCUCAAGUGAUCAUCUCUUCUCUACAAUUAGAAUUUUAAGCAGAAAUUUAAAUGACUUUUCAUCCAAAAUCAAAAAUGUAAUACAUCUCCUUUUGAUCCCCUCUCAGUAGUUUUUGUACAGUCCACCUUGCGUCCCAGUGUUAGCAAACCCUAGAUAUGUUGAAGCUGCUUGCCUUGAUGUUUUAGCUGCAUGUCAACAGGGGGUGAUCGUUGCAGCUUCCUACAUCUCACUUUGGCGCUUGUAACUGUGUCGUCACGCGUAGUCAAAUUAGUUCGUAAAGUAGCUUCGUAAGUGUUGUGAGUACGUCGUCGCUCCCACUUUGCUUCCCUUAUUGGUUUAUUUUUAUUUUUUAUUUUUUUUGCCACGAGACAGUUUAAAAAGGUCCUUUACCGAAAAGCAUGCCUUAGACAGACAAGAGCGUCAGAUCAAAAGGAACUGUCUCAGGGAUGUCCAAUUGAUUGUGAUACUUGUGUGUUGUUGAAGGUCUUAUAUUACACUCGUACUGUGGUUGUUUACAAAUGGUGAAGGACAAGCAUGCUUUUUGGUCAGGUGAAAUGUUCUGUUGUUUCGGAUCCUUUUUGCACACAUAUCAGCAGCAAAACUAUACUUGAAUGCAAUGUCUGAAGUGCACAUUUUCUGGUUCAUUUCUCUCUCAGCUGAUAAAGCAACAAGUCAUUGUUUCAGCUCUGAGGCGCCACCGUGUCAGGGCUACAGAUGAAAACAGCGCAGACAAACACUAGCAACUGUUCAUGUACUGUGUUUGAUGUAACUUGAUUUUUAGAAUAAAGAGAUGGUUCAGGUGUUUUUAAAGGAGUCUCUGAGAAAAAAAUCAUAAGCAGUUAAUACCUUAUCUCCACCUAAUAAUAAGAAAAAGGGAGCCUAAGGGCCGGAAUAUUCUUGCUUUUUAACCUCGCGUUGGCACAGGCAGCAUCUGUGUUCACGUAUUUGCUGCAUGUAGUACUGGAGGAUUCCACUAGGGAACACACACGAUAGAGAGCUGGGUUUGUGGAGUACAACCAAAACAAACAUCAUAGAAGAGAUCAGUAACCAGUUAAUUUUGAGAUCAUGACAGAAAAAGACACAACAGCUGUAUCAUAGAUGGGAUGAAAGGCCGCUAAAUCAGAGAUGGAGUCGCCAUGGUGAGUGUGUCUCGUUUGUUUUGUUAUCUCUGCCUACUGGUUACUCGUACACUGCAGGUUUUAAACGCGUUGCGUUAAUUUUGGAGAACACGCACAAAUGACGCUUCAAAUCAACACAAGUUACGCGAGGCAGCCAUUUCAACCAUGCAUACGCGUUGUUGAAAGGCAAAUACAUUUUAGCCCUAAGUCUCCUCCCCUUCCUGUUGGCUCUUGGGAACGUGAACGGGGAUAUAAAAGCUAUAUUCUGAUCAGCUUUGCCUUACACUCUGAAUCACACACAAGUUGUACUUCAAUUUCAAUGAAAAGUAAUGAUGUGAGUUUUGACUAUUUAUGUCACCUACUUUGAGAUUCAUUAGCUUGUAAAAAUGUGUAGUUAAAAUGCCCAGAAAUCACAAGUCACAUAUCUCACAUCACAGCAGAAUCUCAUGUCCCCCAACGUAGCUGCCACUUUCCACAUGGCCAGAUUUGUGCAUUUAAUGCUCCUUCUUUUGUCCUGGAAGAAGGAUGGGAAUCACGCUAAACUCAGCCAUUUUCGUCUCAUAGUUCUUCUUGUCUGGUCGGAUGGUAUCCAUUUGGUAAGAUUAGCCUUUGGAGUCCUCUACAACCUCAAGUAACUUUUGCCACCUGUCAAAAAAAAAAGCUUUCCUGUCAUCAAAAUGUGUCUUUAGAAUGUUUAAAUCCACGGCACACACCAAACUGGAUCAGAAAAUAACUUUUAUUAAUAGCAGCAGGGGAUCGGUGGACUGGAAGUAGAUGGGCGUGGCUUAGGCUCCCUAUAGAGAUUAUUUCUGACCAAACACACAAGUGUACAACUUUUCUUUUGCCUUAAAACUUCUAAUCUCAAAACUUUCACAGCCGUUCAUGCCAAAGCUACUUCAUAAACCUUUGCUCCAUUGUUGGUUUCAAAUGACAUAGUUAUUUUGGCAGGGCAUUCUGGAAAUCUUUAACUGGAAGUGUCACUAUGAACUAGAAAUUAUAUGUAGUCACUAUUGUUUCUGCCAAUAACCUCAAAAUCAGUAAGACUUUAACUGUUUAUAACUUUUCCACAGAAGCCCGCUUUAACAUUUCUGAACUCUGCCUUUCAGUGAAUGUACGUUAGGCUCUAGAGAAUGUCGGACUGAUUCUAGGAGUUAUCUGUAGUUCAUGAAGAUUUGCUUUUCUGUAAGUUUCAAUCAGUUUCUGCUUCCAGGGACUUUAUGCUUCUUGCUUUUGUAAUGGAGAUCAUAUUUCCAAGUACACAGCCAAGGAAUGCUACAUUCAUGAGAUUCAGUGAUACAAUAAAGAAAAUACAAUGUUAAGUCAGAGAUGUGCAGUUGUCUCAUCCAGCCAGCCAUCCUUUGCACUAACAAAGCUUCCUUAGAUCAAUGUGAAAUUUCUGGCUGCUGAGAAACAAUUUUAUGUUCAGACACCGAACACGUCUUCCAGACAGAGUGAACUGUGUUGGAAAUGUUGCAACAAUAUGGCAAUAUUCUGCUCUUUAGAGAAGAAAUUAGUGGUCAGACAUACAUAGAAGCCCUUAUUUCCCCUGCAGACUCCAUGCUGCCUGUGCUUAUAGGUCUGUUUGUGUAGCCACAGUGACCCCUUGUGCUCAAUGGUGCAUAAACAUGUGAAUGUUCUGUGAGUGUUCAAACCAAGUAGAUAUGUUGUACAGAGUUCAGAGUGAUGCAGAUUUUCACCUCGCUCUCUGCUGCUGUUUGUGCUUGUUGAUAUUAGAUGUGUGUGUCUCUGUUUUGUUUCUUACAUUUAGUAAUUUGAAUCAUUUUUUGCCUCACGUUCUUCUAUAAAGGCUAGGGUCUGUGGCUUGUAAGUUUAUGCAUCAGUGAUUCAGGGGUUCAUUUGAAACUUUUACUGCAACCCAGUGUCAGUGCUUAUUUGUCCAGGUGAUCCCAGCAAGUGCAGUACUUCUUACACUUAGUGUGUAUUUGGACAAAAUUGAACUGUCAGGUUUGGCUUAGAUGUCUCUCAGAAGCCUUCCUGACAUUAAAAUGAGCUGGGACAGCAAUGCAAAUUUGUAGUUUUCUUUAUUUGACUUUUAAUGUUUAAGGUUUGGAUCGUGGUGCAUAUAUUUGACUAUGAAUGUACUUUUAUUUUAAUUUUCUUCCAGUAAAUAUUUUUUUUUGUUUUCCAAUUGCACAGUAUAAUCAUUGUGAAAAAAUGGAAUCAUAUGAAUUUGUGAAUGAGUGAAAAGUAUCAGUAAAUGCCUGCCAUACUUAAAUAUGCACACCAUAAAUGUAAGUGCAGAAAGUUUUUGUUGAUCCAGAAGUAAGACAAAUGUGUUAUAUAAUUCAUGGUGGAGUACUGAGUUAAAUGUAUAAAAAGGAAUAUAAAUGUUAUAUGCAAUGUAGCUAUAUCAUGUGAUAAUGAAAAUGUUAUUGAAACAUGCAAAUGUCUAAUAAAGUCUAUGACCAACAACAAA